AAAAGAUUGAAAACGAUUUUGUGUACGACACAGUAUGCAAAACGUAAUGUAAGACUAGGUGGGAAACAGUUGCCUGUACAUGAUGCAAUGAGUUCAGUUACACAUCUUAAUGGAUACUCAGUAUCAAGUCAGUUAUAAAUUUUCUUUCUUAACAUGAGUGCUCAAGGUGGUUCAUACAAUUAGGCAUAUCACAAAUUAAACAUCUUUUCCCAAAGAUGGCAUUAGAGACAUCUGCACCAGACCACAGAAUGUGUGUGACUUGUGAACACUUAAUUACACUCAAUUUGUGGGUCAUUGUUAUGUAUUCUACAGUAUUUAAAUAGUGGAUCAAAUUUUUCAAGAGGUACAUAGAUAUCUACAUAUGAAUCUUUAUGGAUUAUGUAGCUUUCAUUGAUAUCAGAUAUAUCGUCACAUCCAGAUAUACAUUAGUUUUACUUUGGUUCUGUUUUGUAACUGAGGGUAAUGUGAAUGCAACAUGAGUUCUCCAAAGAAAGGAAAUGCAAGACAUUUAUCCAAAACAACUGAACUGUCUGGUCCUGUACAGAAGAGAACUCAGAUUGAAAAUCCCGACAGCCCAAAGAAAGAGAAGGACAGUAUACAUACACAGAUAAAAAAUUCAUUGAAGUCACCAGACAAUAUUUCUGAUAUAGAGCAUAACCACAAAUUGCCCAUUAAAACAGAAAAAUCAUGUCUUCAGACAUCUUCCUGCAUUGUGUCAAAGGAAACAUCACACCAGAACGAACCUGAUUCAUCUAUUUCAUCUUGUGAACAUGUGGAAAGUACUCAGUCUGAGCUCUCUGGCAUAAGCUAUACAAAGAAAACAAUAAGACAAAAAAAACAAUAUAGCCAAGAAUCCCUCAAAGAACAUACUAUCAAAAAUCUCUCAAAAGGAAAAGAGGGAAAUACUGGCCAGUUGAACAGUCACUUACCUUAUGACACCAAAAAUGCUGAAGAGAAUAACUGUAAAGUUCAAAUGACAACAGAAAUGUAUGAAACAUCUGAGUCAUUGCCAAUAAACACCACUGCUGAUCCCUCCACUGGUAGUUCUGUAGACAAGAAGGAGAGAAGGAAGAUAGUGAAGAAACUUGCCAAAGAUGAAAAAAGAAAGCAACGUGAGCUUGAAUACAAAAAGAAUCUUCAGUACCCAAAGGGUCAAAGGAUUCAGGUUAUUGAUCACAACACAUUCCACAAAAUUUUGAAUGAUUCUGGAUCUUUGCAAAGUGAAAAUAAGAGAUCAUUGCUCAAUUCUGAAGAAUUUCCAGCAUUAAAUGUAUUGAAACGUAAUGACAGAUUUCCUGCAAUGACUUGCCAAAAUUCUUCAAUGCAGUCUGAAAGUGAAAAAUCAAGGGUGCAAGAUAAGGCUACUAACAACAUGGGAAAGUGUACGAAAAUAUCAGAGACUCACCCUGUUGUUAAUGAAGAAAUGAUAAACAAGGUGGGAAAGAAAUUUUGUGUUCCAAGUAAACUAAAUCCCAAAGGUUCCCUGAAGAAAAUAGGAAAGUUACCAAAGAAACGCGAUCCCAUACAAAUUGACAUUCUACAGUGUAUAAAGAUGGUAAAAUCGAAAGAUGCUGUGGUAGAACCAAGGAAAAAAGUGACUGCUUUGGAGAGGAAGAAUGAUAAUUCAUUGCUUGGUGGCAAUGAAUUGGAUUCGUCAAAUCCUCAACGUAGUCGGGGGAAAAAGAGAGAAAAACCAAAAAAGAAGAGGCCAACAAGACUGAAACUUGUUAUUCUUCAUGAACGUGAGCUGAAAAAUCAGCUGAAGAAGUUACAGGAAUCAGAUUUACUUCAAGCAGAGAAACUGUUUUUUGGCACAGAAAAAACGAUAAAUUUACUAACAACAGAGGGCGAAAAGUUAAAACAAGUGGAACGUAUUACCAAUGUGUCAGACAAUGAAUCAAAAAAAUUAUUAGGAACAGGGAGCAUAAAGCUGGGACAUGUGGAACCUGCUGCUAAUGUGCCAGACAAUGGAAUUGGUAAAACAGUGCCAGGAUCCAUGUGUUUACCAACAGCAGGGGGUCUAAAGUUAGAACAGUUAGAACAUCAUAGUAAGAUGCCAGACAAUGAAGCCGUUGUAACAGUUCCAGGAACAAGGAAUUUACAAACAGGGUGCAAAAAAUUAGAAAAGCUGGAAUGUGUUACUAAUAUGUCAGACAGUGAAGUUGUUGAAACUGUGCCAGGGUUCAUGAAUCUGUUAUCAGAAGAGGGCAUAAAAUUAGAAAAGAUAGAACCAGUUACUGAUGUGCCAGACAAUGGAAUUAUUGAAGCAAUGUCGGGAGAAACAGAUAUGUCAAAAGAAGGCAGAUAUAAGUGUGAGGCACCAUCCUCUGAUAGCAGGACUGCAGCAGCAAGUACGAAUCAGUUUUCGAAUGCUGAAGAUGACAGUCAGACCUACACGCCAAGCAGUCUACACAUAAACAACAAUCAGCCAUACGCAAAUGAAAGAGGAAGAGUUCCUGAUCUUAUGCCAUCUUUAUUGUACUCUGCAACAGAUAUUCUGAAGAAAGAAAAGCAAGAGUUCAUUAGUUUAGUGAAGGAAAGUAGUUGCAUUGUAAAUUUGAAGCAAGGCCAGCAUUCUGCAGCCACUGCUGGUGAUGACAUUAAACCUACCCACAUUUCAUCAAAUGCCAUAAAAUGUGAAAUUAUACUUAGCUCACCAAAUGAGCAUUGUACAGGUAGUGUGGAAAAUGUCAGUUUUAUGGAUUCAAAUACAUCUAACAACCUACAUCAGAUCAAAUGCAUAAAGUUUCCCAAAGGUGGAGAUUGUGAUAGUCCCUCACACCAUGAAAAAACAAUACAGAAGACUGAAAUUCACAGCAGAAAAUUCAGGCCGUACUGUGACCACUUCAUAACACCUGAGAUUAACAGUUCUGUCACCACUUUGCUUCAAGAUGUAGUUAAAUUUCAUGAUCGCCAAUUUGAAAGGGAUCCUGUAAAGGCUAAUGCUAGACGCAGGCAUGUCAGUGGUCUCCGUGAGGUUCUCAAAUACCUGAAUCUUAAAAGGUUGAAGCUGAUCAUAAUAGCACCAGAUAUGGAACUCAUUGAGGGCAAAGGGGGAAUAUGUGAUAUUGUGGAACAGCUUAAGGAAGGUGCACGGAAACAGGAGAUACCAUAUGUGUUUGCCCUACAAAGGAGGUCACUUGGGAAAAUCACAUUCAAAAAAGUCCCUGUGAGUUGCAUUGGUAUCAUUAACUAUGAUGGAACUGAGAAAAAUUUUCAUUCUUUGGUGGCAGCAUUGCAGGUUGCAAGACUGCAAUACCAAGAAGCAUUAACAGAUGUAUGUUUCAAGGAUACACAGUCAGAGGAAGUGGAUAUAAACAAACAAGUGAUUGAAGCUGCACUUUCAAGAUUAACAGAAAAUAGUUCAACAUCAUGUUUGUAACAGAGGCACUUAUGUGCGGAAACAGAUCAGGAAAGGGAGGAAUAAGUAUUUAUAUUCUGUAUUGGGUGUACAAGUUUAUAUUACGGCAUUGAAAUAAUGGAACAUAAUAUUAUUUUUUGUAUAUAAGAUAUGUGUGCCAUACUGUAUUAAAUUCCUAUCUUAUAAUUAAAUUACUGUGCGGAUACCA